AGUUAGCUCCUGAGAUGUAUCUUUUCUGUCUUCUGUAUUUGUGCAUUUCAUAGACUUUUUGAAAGCAGCAAGUUCACAAAUAUGACUGAAUCAGCUUCUUUUGUUCAUCCAAUGCUGUGCACUAUUUGAGAGUGUGCCUUGUGGUGUUUGGGCACGUUAUGUUUACAGAGGCAAUAAUAGCACAUCACAAGACACACAGUUACUUUGGUUAUGUCUACGAAACAGUCACGGGUUGCAAUUCAGUGGGAAAUGUAACAAAGUGUCACGUCAGGUGAGAUUCCGAGUGGGAGGAAGAGGUUGACUGCUUUGCAUGUCUAUAGUGAUACAUUCUGUCCAUUUGGGUUUAAAACGCAUGUGAAAGGAUGUCGUUCGAAGAGAUAAAGUCGCGACUGGAGUCUGCAGGUCAGGCUCAUGUUUUGAAGUACUGGUCCGAGUUGUCUUCUCAAGAAAGGGAGACCUUUCUGGCCGAGCUGUCUCAACUGGAACUUGGAGAGUUGCAGGAGCACUGUCGUGCCGCAGCCGAGGCUGCCAAGAGCCAGUCGACCUCAGACGAUUUACUGGACCAUCGAAUGGAACCGGUGCCCCCCGAAUUUAUCGGUAGUGUGAAGAAAACGGACCAAAACACCUUGACAGCCUGGGAGAAUGAAGGGUUUUUGCAGAUUUCCCAAAACAGAGUGGCAGUGUUACUGCUGGCUGGAGGACAAGGGACCAGGUUGGGUGUGCCUUACCCGAAGGGAAUGUACAGUGUCGGGCUUCCCAGUGGGAAAACCUUGUACCAAAUACAGGCAGAGAGGAUCCAAAGAGUGCAACAGCUGGCAAACCAAAAGCACAACUCAAAGUGCACUGUACCAUGGUACAUCAUGACAAGCGAGUUUACUCUGGAACCAACAGAGAAGUUCUUCAAAGACAACAACUUCUUUGGCCUGAACCCCUCUGACGUGAUCAUGUUUGAGCAGAGGAUGAUUCCCGCUGUGAGUUUUGAUGGGAAGGUCAUCUUGGAGAAGAAGGGCAAGCUUGCCAUGGCCCCAGAUGGCAAUGGAGGUCUCUAUCAGGCUCUUGUGGACAAUAAAGUCUUAGAGGAUAUGGAGAAGAGAGGCGUGGAGUACCUCCAUGUGUACUGCGUUGACAACAUCCUUGUCAAGAUGGCAGAUCCUGCUUUCAUCGGCUUCUGUGUACAGAAGGGAGCAGAAUGUGGAGCCAAGGUGGUGGAGAAGGCGUACCCAGCGGAGCCGGUGGGGGUGGUGUGCCGGGUGGCAGGAGUGUACCAGGUGGUGGAGUACAGUGAGAUCAGACCUGAGACAGCAGAGCUCCGGGCUCCAGGAGGGGAGCUACUCUACACCGCUGGAAACAUCUGCAAUCACUUCUUCACACGAGACUUCCUGAAGCACAUAGCCCAGAACUGCCGGGGACAGCUGAAGCAACACGUAGCCCUGAAGAAGGUUCCAUAUGUGGACGAGGAGGGAAACCAGGUGAAGCCAACCAAAGCCAACGGAAUCAAAAUGGAGAAGUUUGUCUUUGACGUCUUCCAGUUCUCACGAAAGUUUGUGGCGUUCGAGGUAUUGAGGGAGGAGGAGUUCUCGCCCCUGAAGAAUGCUGACGGCGUGCCCCUUGACACCCCCACCACGGCCAGGCGCUCUCUCCUGGCUCAGCACUACCGCUGGGCCCUGGCAGCCGGAGCCUGCUUCCUCAACAGCAGCGGACAGGCCAUCCCUCCAAAACACAGCCUGGCGCGUGAUGAAGAGCCGCCCGCGGUGUGUGAGAUAUCGCCACUGCUCUCCUACUUCGGUGAGGGACUGGAGUCCAUGUUGAAAGGGAAGGAGUUGACGUCUCCUCUUGUCCUUGAUGGGAACCAGGCUUGAGGGAUAUCCAAUGUUCGACGAUGAAUGACAUCAGACCAAAUCACCAUUAACUAUGAGGACAAUUGCUUGAGCCUUGUUUCCUGUCCUGACACUUACAGGGUUGAUGGCGGUCUUAGAUGAACUAUGAAAGGAUGAUGUAGUUAAGUAGUAUUAUUAAAAAAGCUAUAGUCUAUUAUUUUUACAUAUCCAUGUAUGUUUUCUACACAGCCAGUUUUGAUAAAUCAAUUUUGUACUCCUGAAUAAAACUAUGUAUUAUGUGAAUAAUAAUACCACAUUAUGGUAACAUAUUGGAGCUGCUCAAAUCAAAUGCUGUAAUGUGGCUCAGUCAAUAAAGCUCUUUUUGAUUA